UGGUUAGCUACCUCUAUAGGACGACGUUGAUGAUAUUAUAAUGACAAUUGCUCUGGAAUGAGAAGAGAUCUUCUCCUUGCCAGCCCAGGUAUUUACCUAGUAGUUGGCGAAUACCAGAUAUGAACAAAUAGGAAUCAAUUCUGGGCGUCGGAUGGGGCCCUUCCAUGGGUUGUGAAAAGAGUCAAGUCCCAAUCGGCUACCUGCCAAGGCAAGCCACAUUUGUCUGGACAGCAAUACGGGAGGCUUAACCCUCUGCCAUUUCCAACAGUCAGUUAGGCACCCAUGCUACAGAGACGGUGAGGCAAGGUUAUAUACUCAUGACAUUUACCGUUUCGACCAUCAUAUUUCUACCACUUUCAUUCCUUUCGUCUCUUUUCGCCCUGGACGUUGCCUCUUUUCAACAAGCACCACCUUGGGCGCUUCUGACAAUAUUUCUGGUAUCCUUUGCCAUCAGUGUUCCCCUAGCAUCGUGCGUUAUAUGGUGGGAACAGCUCGUGGAAUACCGCCAGAGGCAAAGAGAACGCCCCCCGAAGCGAAGAGGAUGGCAAACUGAGCCUCAAAAUGAUGCCGAAGAUAGGGAGUACAGCAAUGAAUCGAAUAUAGGGCUAGUCAAAGAGAAGAUCACCGACAUCAUGAAGCUCCCCACGAACCUUCAGUUCCGUCAGCCGCGGAGAGGGUCUUAUACAUUGGAAGUAGGAAUCAUCACAAGCAACCGGGACCCUGAGGAUGAUCACAUGUAUUAGCUAUCCAAGUGCCCAGUAACGUAUUACGCAAAUCACCGUGUCUACAACUGGUAUCACUAUUUAGCCACCGGCUUGUU